CCCUCAGGAACGAUCCCCAGACAAAGGCGACCCCGAGGGACAUCGACUCCGAGCCUCCCUGCUGCCUCUGGACAGCCGCAUCCAGCACUGGCUGGCCACCAUCAAUAACCCGCCAGGAUCUCUCAGCGAGCAUGAGGAGACACGUCUGAGUGGACACUGACAGCGGACUCCUGGACACGGAUGAUCUGCAGAGGACGAGUCUGCCACUGAGAUUUCUGCUCAUUUCUACACAGACACACACAGCUCCGCCCGGCGACCAUGACCCGGAAGGUGUUCACCAACACGAGGGAGCGCUGGCGCCAGCACAACGUCAACACGGCCUUCAUCGAGCUGCGCAAGCUCAUCCCGACUCAUCCUCCGGAGAAGAAGCUGAGCAAGAACGAGAUCCUGCGCCUGGCCAUGCGCUACAUCAACUUCCUGGUGCAGCUGCUGGAGAGCCAGACGGGUCAGCCGGCCAGCCACUCGCCCAGCGCCCUGCUCAGCUUCCUCAGGGGGAACAUGGAGCAACUGCACUCCCCUCCUCCGCACGCCUGGGCGCUGACCAGCGACACCGAGGUGCCGUCACCUGGGUCCAGCUGCGACGGCUCCGAGGCCUGGUAGAAAGACUCCAGUGGACCUUCUGACCCUUUUCCUGGGUUUAAAACAACAACUGAUCAUGUUCUCAUGUCCUUUUUUCUUUUCUUUCUCGUGACUCUCUUUGUUUUUGUUCUUUCCCCCCCGCUGCAUUCGUCAAUGCAGAAGAUGCAAUAUUGUGUGAUAUUUGUGCCCCCCCCCCUCCCUCCCUCCCCAAACGUGGGCACUGGGUGUUGAAAUGUGAAUUGCGGGUGAAAACGUAUUUGUAUUCUGCAUGGAAUGGAUGUGUGUAAAAAAAACAAAAUCCUGGAUGUACGAUAUUCCCUUCAUGUUGCCGGCCAGCCUGGAACUAAUUGAGUUUUGCAAUGACAGGGUGGGGUUGUUUUUUUUGCCUUUGAGGAAAAUGGAGGGGAUUAUAGGAAUUUCUCAUUUCAAACACUAGAUUCAACAUUUGAAUAGAUAAUGGCUCAAUUCUCCAGAAUGCAAUUGUCUUAACAUAGCUACGGGCCAUAUUUUUUAUUUUAUUUUUUUAAACGACAUAAUCUGACCUUUUUAUUUUCAUUAACAAAGGUUAUCUGACUCCUGAAGAAUAAUUUUGUUGUUUCUCACACCGAUUAUUCACACAGCGAUGCUCACUGUGGGUCGACUCCAGAUUUUGGGACUCUUGGGAUUGAGUUCGGGAACUUCGGCAAAACUGACAAUCCUCUUCACCACACAAAUAUCGUCUCAUUUAAAUGUUUUUUUGUUUGUUUUUGUAUUUUUUUUAAACAAACGCAUGUCAUAUAGCCAAAGAUUAUGAAUUGAUUGUCUACUGUAAAGAGUGUGCUGAUUAUCUUCUGAUACCUCUUUUAUAAUUUAUUUU